UAUACCUCGUCGCCAAGGCCCACUAAAAUGAAGGAAGCCACCCUUUUUGAAUGGAAAAGUCAAAGAAAAACCGUGGAAAGUAUUGCCUAUGACUACCCACUAUUUCAAUCCAAAACCCACACCGUCAGUACCUAGAAAAAUGCAGUUGUAUGCUCUUUUGGCGUUAAGUACUCUAGCAAUACUCUUGCUAGGAGUCACCGCUCAACAGUGCGGAAGACAAGCAGGAGGUGCUCUAUGCGCAAAUGGACUGUGUUGCAGCCAAUUUGGGUGGUGUGGCAACACGCCUGAGUAUUGUGGAACUGGCUGCCAGAGCCAGUGUAGUGGUGGCGGCUCGACCCCAACCCCUACCCCUAGUGGCGGCAAUGAUGUUGCCAGCAUAAUCACUCCAGUUCUUUUUGAUCAAAUGUUGAAGUAUCGGAAUGAUGGAAGAUGUCCCAGCAAUGGAUUCUAUACUUACGAUGCUUUCAUUGCUGCUGCUCGAUCUUUUAAUGGAUUUGGCACAACCGGAGACCUGACAACUCGAAAGAGGGAACUCGCAGCUUUCUUGGGUCAAACCUCUCAUGAAACAACAGGAGGAUGGGCAAGUGCACCAGAUGGCCCGUAUGCAUGGGGAUAUUGUUUUAUAAGGGAACAAGGCAACCCUGGAGCUUAUUGUAGUUCCAGCGCCUGGCCUUGUCCUCCUGGUAGACAAUAUUAUGGACGAGGACCCAUCCAACUGACUCACAACUACAACUAUGGGCAAGCUGGAAAUGCCAUUGGAGUAGACCUCAUAAACAAUCCGGACCUUUUAGCCACGAACCCAACUAUAUCUUUCAGGACAGCCAUAUGGUUCUGGAUGACCCCGCAGGGAAACAAGCCCUCAAGCCAUAACGUAAUCAUUGGGCAAUGGACACCGUCUGAUGCAGACAGGGCAGCAGGGCGGCUCCCUGGCUAUGGUGUCAUCACAAACAUAAUCAACGGUGGGCUUGAGUGCGGUCGUGGUCCUGAUAGCAGGGUGGCUGAUAGGAUUGGUUUCUUUAGUAGGUACUGUGACAUAUUGGGUGUAAGCUACGCAAGCAACUUGGAUUGCUAUAACCAAAGGCCUUUUGCAUAGAUCGGCGGGCCAGAACUCCAUACGAGAAUAAAUUAAUAAAGUAGUUGAAGACUAUAAAGAGAUCCAUAACCAAUUUAGUGGGGAAGUAUUAAUGUAAUCCUAUACAUAUUUAGUGGGAAAUUUCUCAUCAAAUAAAAAGAGUUUCUAAUUCUCCGGAAUUUCUCGUCCAGUACUCCUAUUACUUGUCCUUAAAGAAAAGGAAUUAGAAGAAGAAACAGUAUUGUCCAGUACUCCUCUUCUCAUUUAUGAUUUUAGA